AUGACAAGUGCUAAACUGAAAAUGGCUGCAAGAUUAAGACCAUUGGUACCUAUGAAACAGUUAAGGCUGGAAAAGGAGAAAGUUGAACCCAACAAGUGGACUGCAAACUGGGUUAGUGAUCCUGAUGCCCCGCCAAAACCACCACCAGUAGCAACAGCUCCACCAAAACCACCGUCAGGAGCAGCAGCACCAGUAAAGCCACCUAAAGAGGUAGCAGCACCACCACCAAAUCCACCACCAGAAGCAAUUCCAGAAAAUCAACCACUACCAGUGGAUGCAACACCAGCAAACCCUCCACCUGUGGAUGCUAUUUUAGCAAACCCUCCACCAAUGGCAGUAUUUGAAAAGCCACUAGUAGAAUUACUACCGGCAAAUCCACUACCAAAACCACCAGGAGCUGCAAAACCACUACCAAGCUGUCUUGAUUGUCCAAAACCAUCAAGAACUGAACCAAGAAUCUGUUGCCCUGAUCCAAUUUGUGUUGGUUGCCCAAACCCACUUGGAGCUUGUGCGGGAACAGCAGCCACAACAUUGAAGCCACCAGAGAAUGCACCAGAAUUUGUUGUCUGGGUUGGUGAAGAUGACUAG